GUUGUCUGUCAGACAGAGCACCUGUUAAUAGUUGUGUGAAAAACAUGCUUUAGGAGGAGAUGGACAUUCAAUUAAUGCAACUGUACUGCAAUGUUCAUCCAUUGGAAACUAUUGCCUUAAAAGCAUUAUUAGCUCUUAAAACAAUAGAUAAUGAGUUGAAUAUAAAACCAGCUAAAGGAACUGAUGGGGUUGCAGUAACAGUCCUCAAAAAUAUUUCUAAGCUAAGGUAUAGUUUUAAAGGCGAUCCUGCAGCAUUCAAAAGCUAUCUUAAAAAAAACAAUGUUGCUCCAGGGCUAUUCCUUAGAUAUGUUGGUAGUAGAUUUCAUGUUUUGUUCCAUAUGGCAGGGAUUGUUGUUACAUUCGAAAGACUUAUAAAAACCUUUCUUGAAAACAACACCAAAAAUAAAAUUUGCCAACUCUUACUUCAAGAUAUGAGUAAUGAUAUAACGCUUGUGCAACUGCAAGGGUUGGGCCUGAUAGGAAAAAUAAUAACUGAGCCAUGGAUGAGUCUGGUUUAUAAAAAUGCAACAGGAAAAAGUAAUCUUGAGUUUGGUGACAUUUUCCAGAAAGCAAUAAGGAAAUCAGCUUACUUCAAAAGUAAUCCAGAAUCAAUUCUUUAUACAGAUGUGGAUAUUUUUAGUCAAGUAUUAAGUAUCAAAAAAGAUAAGGUACACCAAUCCCUUCGUGUAAUAAAAAAUAAAAAUAUUUUGGUAAAGAUUUUAUCAGCUUUGAUAAGCUGCACAGAGACAGUUCUCAAAAGACAGAUGGCCAGGUAUUUGACUGGCAAUCUCUCAAAUCCAUCUAAAUAA